CCCCCAGCAAAGGUGGAUUUAACAGAACGCACUUGCUGUUAUCUCUGGUAGUUGUCAGAAAAUCAUCGUAAGUGUUGAGAGUAUAACGGAUUGCCCGCACGUCACCGCCGGGGUCACGGUUCCCCCGAGGUCCGGCGCGAGUCAAUUCAUUUCUGUGUUACUAAGUACACUUGAGAAACACCCCCCUCCUCGUUCGCGGCCGGAAUGCUACAAUGUGUGGCAUAUUCUUGUCCCUAAGCGCCUCUAGGCCUGUACUUCCUAAUGAGGAGACAUGCUGUUUAUUGCGCAAACGGGGGCCGGAUAGCUUCCAAGUUCAACAAGUUCAACGUGGUGUCAACACAGAUAAAACAAGACCUGUACCGAUUUUCCUUACCUUUGUCUCGACAGUUCUUUCAAUGAGGGGCGACCAAGUCGUCGCUCAGCCUCUCGUGGACACCACUACGGAAUCCGUACUCUGCUGGAAUGGCGACGCCUGGAAAGUUGCAGGUGAACCCAUUCGAGGUAAUGAUACCCAGUUGAUAUUUAAUCUACUACUACAAGCUGCGAAGCCAUCUUACAAUUCAGGAUCACCCAGUGCCCUUGAUGAUGGAAGUGCUGUCCAGAGAGUUGUGGAUGUUAUUAGUAGUAUUUCCGGGCCUUUUUCUUUUGUCUUCUAUGAUGCUGUCAACGCAAAACUAUACUUCAGCAGGGAUUGUCUCGGGAGGCGGUCCCUGCUUCAAGGCCUUGAUGAAACUGGGGCUUUCAAGAUCUGCAGUCUCUGCGAUGGGACGUCGUCCACCCACUUCGAUGAAGUUGGCACAACCGGUGUGCAUAUGAUUGAUUUCACACACACUGUCAUGCAGGAUUCGCUUACGUCUGACACUGGUACUACUCAUUUCAAACCUGACAGCAUACAAACACUACCAUGGGAGAACGUAGAUUCUCCUGGUCAUCUGAGAAACCCAAUUCCUCCCAUGAACAGGUCUGUCCCGCAAGACGUCCCUCCUCGACUGAGCGUUGAGUCCCCUUGCGUGAAUGAGCUUGAGCAAAGACUUCGUACGUCUCUUGCACUCAGAAUCCAAAAUGUACGUGAUCCCCCGGGUUUCACUACAGAAAGCAACGCAAAGGUUGCUGUGCUGUUCUCUGGAGGGCUUGACUGUACCAUCCUCGCUCGACUGUCGCAUGAGCUUCUACCGAUCGACGAGUCAAUCGACUUGCUCAACGUCGCCUUCGAAAACCCGCGUGUAGCAGCUGCAGCGAUCAAAGAGGCGAAAACAGGCUCAGUAUAUGAAAACUGCCCCGACCGAAUCACUGGCCGCGCAGCCUUUGCAGAACUUCAAGCCGUUUGCCCCAGCCGUAACUGGCGCUUUGUUGCAAUCGACAUACCUUACGUGGAGACAGUUGCACAUCGUGACACAGUGAAACGCCUGAUGAGGCCGCACAAUACAGAAAUGGAUCUAUCCAUUGCAUGUGCACUCUACUUCGCCUCACGUGGACAAGGAUCUGCUCUGGACAGCCACAAAGGUAACGCCGAGCCGCAACAUUAUGCAACCCCUGCCAGAGUACUCUUAUCAGGCCUGGGAGCCGAUGAGCUGUUCGCAGGAUACGCACGACAUGGCGUGGCAUACUCACGCAGCGGGUUCGAGGGGCUCAUUGACGAAAUUGACCUGGAUGUCAGUCGUCUCGGGAAGCGCAACCUAGGUCGCGACAACCGGGUGAUAGCACACUGGGGCCGCGAAGCACGAUUCCCAUACCUCGACGAAGACUUCGUCUCGUGGGUCGUGCAAGCCCCCGUCUGGGAAAAGUGUGGCUUUGGCCUCCCAGAACCAGAAAGCGAUGAUUCUACAAAGACCACGACCGGCAUCGACCCAGAGAAGCGCGCCCUUCGCCUAGUAGCCCUCAAACUAGGGAUGUCGAACGUGGCGCGAGAAAAGAAACGAGCCAUCCAGUUCGGCUCGCGGACAGCAAAGAUGGAAAAAGGUAGAGUGAAAGGCACCGACGCCCUCAGCUAAAUAAAACUUUCCAACUUACAACACAACACACUUUUCCUCUACCCAUAAACAACAACCUUCUUCCCUGCCACACUCCCACAGCCAACCCACCCCAAACCCAAAACACAUCAGUGAUGACAAAAUCAAGGAAUCAGAUACUUCUGAGUUCACACCUCAUCUAGCCUCAAACCACCCAUUUCUACCAUCCACCCAGCAUCAAGUGACGUGCAAUUUUCCUUGAUCUCUAGACCGUGCUCAUCCAGCCUCCCCUGUCCCUAGACUCACUCAAGCCAAUGUGUGUGUAUUUGUUCUUAGAGCGGUAAAGAGACCGCCUGCUCAUUAUUGUUCCGCCUUCUGCAUUGGGUAUCAGAGCGAAGGUACAGGGCAUUAAUGGGCUCGGAUGGUUCUAACCCGUAUACAUGACAUUGAGAUCGAGCACUUUGGGGCAGGUGGGUGUGUUGGUGGGUUGGUCUUAUGGAUUGAGAGGUUGUGUGUCGGUUUUGCUUGGUUGUAUGGCUCUAGAUGAUAUUGAUGGUUCUGUUUGAGAGAGGUUUGGACGGUGAAGUUUUAAAAGGCAAGUCUGAGCUGUGUUCAUAGUGGUUUUUGUUUGCUUUUCUUGUUAUGGAACAUCGCUAUGAGGC